GGGAGGGGUGAAUGGGAGGGGGAAAGCAGUGGGCUGGGAAUGAUCCCCGGUCUCUCACCUUCGGCUCCCUGCUUCGAUGCUGAGGGAGCUGAGCUGAAAGCUCUCUUCCCCGAGUGUUACUUGGCAACAUCCUGAUAAAUCUGUGGCAAGAGGGGCUCUCUUUUUCCCUUCCUUUCUCCUCCCACCAAGCUGGGGGGGUGAGGCGGGAGAAAGGGAGAGAAAGAGGGGGAGAGAGGCAGAUUCCAGUGACAGCGAUCACAAAAGUCGGAGGUAGCUGGGAGAGCCGGGGAUUCGCGGGAGUCGCUGCACCAGAGGCCCGGGGAGGGGCACUUGAAAGCAGCGGGAGAGGAGAAGGCAGACGUCGUCGGAGUCUCGCUCCUUGCUCACCUCCCUGUCAGCCUCUGCGUCCGCAGUGCUGGGUACCAUGGGGUCCUGGAUCCCCGCGAAGCUGCUCUGCCUGAGCGUGCUCGGACACCUGGUGUCCCUGCUGGCAGGACAACAUUUUAGCAUGAGUAAAUGUACGCACGAGUGCUCCCCCUUGAGAAGAAAUACACCCCAAUUACCAAAUCGUUUGUUAAAGAACUACACCAGGACUUCGCCAUCCUGCCGAAUACAGGCAAUCCUAUUCACUACUUUAAAGAACAAAAUCUUCUGCGCCGAUCCAAAUGAAAAAUGGGUACAAGACGCAAUUCAGUUUCUGAACAAUGCUUCUGCUGCUGCCGCCGCUGCUGCCGCCGCCGCUGCUGCUCAGAAACAAGCUCCAGGAAAGGAGAAUGUCGGCACAUUUGAAAAACUAACAGGAGAAAAUGGGCCUCCAACCACCCAGAUUCAUGGUGGAGGGAACACUGUUCCAGCUACUAUCCUGGUUCCAGAAGCCACCAAUGCCCCUGUCCCAACAACCAUCAGUCCUGGCCCAAGCCCAACUCCUGCCUUGCCAGAGGAAGAAGUGGCCUUAGAGACCUCCCCAGGGCUGCCGGCCGACAUAGCUAGUUCAUCAGUGUCAUUCCCCGACCCUCUUCUGGUGGGAUCCACCUCAUCCAUGGUGGGGGGAAAUAGUCCGGAUCCUCUGCUGGGCUCCCAGGGGACUGAGAAUUUCAAUAUGGAGGUUGUAUCUGCAACGAUGACUCCAAUUCCUGAGAGUUCUGAUUCAGGCUUCUUGGCCAAGGGGAAGAUGUCUGAGGAGACUCCUGCUAUUUCUCAUCCCAGGGAGGAGGGUUCGGGAAGGCCAAAGGACCACUCUGAAAAUCCCAUCAUUAGUGAGGAGAUGAGCACUGUUCUCACUCUCACAAAUCCCAUCUCCAACUUGGCUAUAGACAAUGCAGAACGCCACUCCCCUGCCUCUAUCCCUGCCUCAGAAAGCCCAGGUUCAGGGUUGGUUGGGAGAACCAGCCUACCUUCCAAAGUUGAAAUGCUUCCCCAUGCCACAGCUGAUCCCCAAAGGCUAGAAGUAGCCAUCACAGCCAUCCCGGACUCUCCACAGGCAGCAACCCGAAGGCAGGCCUUUGGCCUACUGGCCUUCCUGGGCUUCCUCUUUUGCUUAGGGGUGGCCAUGUUUGCCUAUCAGAGCCUCCAGAGCUGCCCUCGUAGGAUGGCAGGAGAAGUGGUUGAGGGGCUCCGUUAUAUACCCAGGAGCUGUGGGAGUAACUCUUACGUCCUAGUCCCCGUGUGAACCAGAGUCUCUGUGUGAGCCUUUUCUGUCUGUGUCCAGACGCCAAUCUGUGACUGAGUCAGCCACCCCAUUGCUGCUCUAACCCUUGCUGGGAGUGCCAAUGGCCCUGCCCCAAACCUGAGGCAAGAGCCUGGGCUACCCUGGAAACCACCAAAGGGAAUUAGGUUGGGGAACACUCCCAGUUCCCAGUUCCAUUAUAGGAGGCAUAUCUCUGCCCUGAAAGGUGCCCCGAAGCUGGAAAAUCCCUCAUAUGCCGCUGGUCGGUCAGAGGUUCCCCUUGUACCAGGUUCUCUCCUCUGAUGAAUAACUAUUUAUUGAAUGCCUCCCUCCCUUUCCCCAUCCACCUCUCUACCACACACGGCUCCAGCUCUGGGACCUCGGGUUGGCUGAUUUGCUCUCAGAUUUUAUCAUUUCUCUGUACUCCCUUUGGCUACCUGUAUCCCAUGUCACCCACCCCACCUCCCUGGCUAGCUGAGGUGCUAUUCGACUCAGUCACCUGUACAGAAACCAAAUGCCCUAGCCGGGUUCUCAUUUCUUUGCAUGAGGCAAAUGUGGUAUUUCCUGAGGGUGGAUCAGCCCCCUCAAAGCCAGCGGGACAUAGUUGGAAAGGAAAGGAAAGAAGAUUUUUGUUGAGUUGGAGUUUUUGUUGUUGUCUGUGGGGGGUUUUGUUUGUUGUUGUUGAUUUUAUUUUAUUUGCUUCUCUGAGGAAUUUGGUCUGUUAUUGAAACCCCUGCUAGCCCCAAGGGCUGACUCUUUUCCCUACUGAAAGAGGAAUUUAGUCAUGAUUCUGGGAAAUGCAAUAGAGGUGACCAGAUUCUUCAGUUACCCAUGUCCUUGAUUCUUGAUUUGAAAGAGCUUCCAUGUAUUUUGGAAAUGGCCCAGUGAUCCGAAUAUAGGACACCCACUUCCCUGGCCUAUUCAAUGGCUCCCAGAAGCCUUCCCCCUCAUCUUAGUACCCCAGCAUUUGUGGUCUCCCUGCUUUCUCUGAGCCUCUUAAACCAAUGAUGUGGGGAGGGUAGAGAAACUUACAGGUCUGGCAUUUGCCACUUGCUCACCAGCUGGGAGGUAUCAUGUCCUGGGGAAGGAAAAAGAAGGGAAAGGAAGGACCCCACCAACUUUCAAUGCUGCUGGACCAGGACAGGUAUACCUUUGGCAGAUACUAUCUAAUUAACCCAGAGAAUUGUAGGUCUAGCUUAAAGCCACAUUUCAUUAGUGGUCAGCCCCAGCACAUUGGUGAAAGAUAGCUGACCAAUGACCUAAUGAAAGUGAUGAAAAGAGGUAUCAAGGAUCAACAUUUUAAAUUGGUCUCUCAAAGUCAGAGUGACUCCACCUAACUCUCCUCCCUGAUCAUCAUUGUGCCCUAAAAUCCCUAAUCCCUCUCCCAAAACUAGGUUGUUGGAAGAACCAAAAGUAUGUGGUUAUCUAGUUAGAUGGGCAAAGGUCUGAACUAACUGAGUUUUUGGUUUUUGGUUUUCUUUUUUCCCUUAAUGUCCUUUGCCCAAGUAGGGAAAGACAGACAGAUGUAGGGGAAGCCAUAGGCCGAAGGCCAGUUUUCCCAGACAAUGGCCGAGUGAUGUCUAAAUUUCUACACACACGUAUGUAUAUAUGUAAUAUAUGAUAUAUACAUUUCUUAAGCUGACUCUAUCACGGUCAGUUUGCACCAUCUGAAAAGUGGGGAACGGACCCAUGACCCUGUUUCACGGCAGUCCCUAAUAUCAGUUCCAUUGAAUCUCUUUGCCUGUAGCUCUUACCCUGUGUUUGUCCUCAAAGAAAGCCCUUGGUCCUCCCCUCUUUGGGCUUCAGAGGUUAUCAUUUUACCCUAAGGCUGGAGGCAAAGCUCCCCUACUUGGAACACAAUUUGAUUCUCAGAAGAUGAAACAUGCAAGUCUUAACUUUAAUUUGGGGUGGUCCCCAUGGUUCUGGGGCCACUGACCAACCCUAGAUGAUCUGCCUGGUGUUAGUCUCAUGAAAGAAAGUCUUCCAGGAAAAAGCAAGUAGGGUAGAUGGCAGACUUGUUUGGGGAAGGGGGUAGAAAGGGAGGAUUAGAAGCCAUUUUGAAUGAAUUUACUACAGAUUCUCUGGAAGCAGCCUAACCUUUGUGAGAAGCAUACUGAGACCUGGGAAGUGAGUUUUUCUGCCCUGUAAGGGUGAGAGGGGGAGUUGGGAGUAGUAGAAGAAGGAGAUUUUAAGGGCAGCUAAUCCCCACCCUGGGGACCAUCCACACACAACUACCGCUGACCUAUAGACAGUGGAUAAAGAUGCUGUCCAUUCCAGAGGGAUGACGCAUUUGGCAGGCAUUGGCUCCUCUUCUCUCCUCAUCACUCAUUGCCAGUGUCUGUAACAUUUUGUAUUUUAGUAAGAAAAAGAAGCAUUAAAAGUCCUGUGAAACAAA